AUGAGAUUCAGCUCUCUAGGACCUUUUGCCUCCCUCACCGGAGGCGAACCCCCUUCCCUAAACAACACCUACGGCGCAAUUUUGCUCGGCACAUUCUUUGGUCUCAUCUUGUACGGACUGUCUAUCCAUCAAGCGUACAGAUAUUACCGCCUCGACUUCGGGGACUGUAAAGGCAUGAAAUCAUAUGUGGCAUUCAUCCUACUUCUGGAUACGUUCCAUGUGAUCUUAUGCAUGCAUAUGUGCUACUAUUACCUAGUAGACCACUACUUUGACCCCACAGCCCUCUUCACCAGAGUUUGGUCAAUCGAUAAUUUAGGCCUAUCGGCGGCGAUCGUGAUAGUUUCCUGCCAAUGCUUCUACGCUCGCCGAGUGUGGCUUAUCGGUCCACAGUACAGGCCCUUGGUCGCCAUCGCGGUGCUGUUCUUCAUGGGUGUCCUAGCAUGCGCAGCAUAUGCCACAGCUCAAGCGUCGAUUCUACCCUCUUACAGCCAAUUUCGCGAACUUACUUGGCUGUUCUCUAUUGCGUUUGCGCUCAUCGUCGUCUCCGACGUCAUUCUAACGACGGUGCUCAUCAUCGUUUUGCGCCGAAGCCGAACCGGAAUCGCAAGGACGAAUUCAAUGCUCGACGUUCUGAUCGCGUAUACGAUUUCCACUGGCUUCCUCACGGAUAUAUUUAGCGGCCUCUCCUUCAUAUUCCCCCUUAUUUACUUAAACACGAACAGCAUGGUAUACAUCGCACUCGACAUCGUCACCACCAAACUCUACGUCCAUUCGGUCAUUGGCACUCUCAACUUCAGGAAGACGCUCGCAACGUAUGGUUCGGACUCGAUGGGCCUGGAGAUCGGAUUGCGAGACCUCUCGCGCACCGCCCAACAAAGCGAUGGACUGCAGCCUCCCAUCGCGACUCAUACGUCUCGGGGGAGCCUCCCAAACGUGAUCGAGUUCAGGGUUAUGAAAGAACUGGAUAGGUUGUCUGCGAUGGAGACCGGCGAGGUGUCGGAGUUGGAGAAGCACGAAGUUGGGAGGGCCGUUUGA